ACAUGUGUGUUCAAGAGGAGCCCUGCAAGCCUUAUGGCGCAUGUUCAUCAGAAAACCCUGAUAACUACUCUUGCAAAUGUACUUCUUCUGGYUGGAAAGGCAAGAAUUGCUCUGAACGAGACGGUUGGUCUGUAUCUGCUAAAAAAUGUUUAAAGAAAGCAAAAGUAGUACAGAGUUUAUCUGCAUUGGAUGUUUCUGAUUGUAUUAAAGGCUGUAUUGACAUGAACAGCAAGCUUAGAGUUGGGUGCAAAUCGUUUGAGUUCACUCCUGACAGCUCUGGUAAGUUAAUGGGAUCUUGUAAACUGUACGACGUCAGCAAGAACCAUGGUGGGGCUGAACUCAAAGACUGCUCCUCGUGGUACAUGGACCUUAAAGACCUCUCCGCAUGGGCCCUAUCAAAUGAUGUUCCUCCACGUACGUCGGGUYUCAUACUGCUGGUCUUGAAUCUGUUUUUUGUCGUAUUUUUACAUAUUUGAACAAUUAUAAUGCGUGAAAGGAUCAGUCCCCUUAGGGCCAGUGCUCUCACUAAUUUCGAAGUGCUAAGUGUCCACAAAAGCUUCUAUUAUUUAACAAUUAGACCUCGAGGUCGAGUGGACUUCGA